CUUGUGCAGAGCAGCCAGGGGUGCCCAGGGCUGUCCUGCAGAGCAGGGUCCUGCAGCCCAGGGCGCUGUGCUGGGCCAGGGACUCUGCUGCCUGCCAGGGACAGCUCUCAGCCGGCCCGGGGAGCUGCUGCCAGCGCUGGCCAGAAGCUGUGGGGGGAAGGAGCCACCCUGAGCAGGGCAGGUGCUGCUGCUGAGAGCUGCUGGCUGGGGCAGGGCUGCUCCCAGCUCCAGACCAGCCUGGGCACAGCUCCGGAGGACACUUCCCAAAGAAGAUUUCAGAACAAUAAUCAGACUGUCUAAAUACAUUCCUGAAAUACUGUAUCGUCUUAUUACCAGGAAGAGGACCUACAAGAAGAACAUUUUGGUUUUUGACCAGAAUAUGAGCAGUCAUAACAAAAAGUGUGGCAAAGUAGCCCUUGGACCUACUCCAAUGGGUUGAGCCAGGAGUGUGUAACUGGGACAACUGAAUCUCCUAUUGGAUGUUCCUGUUAAAUAUCCCAAUUAAUCAACCUUUAGAAAUUGUUGAAAUCAGGAGCCGAUUGAGCCUCAUCCCCACUGGGACACCUGGAAGCUUCCAAUAAAGGUCUGGUUUUUACUUUACUGUUCUAACUCUGUUGCAAGGGUUGGUUGUUUUGUUUUGUUUUUUUUUUUUUCUUUUGAUCAUAGACAACAGGGGCAUAAGAGAAGCAGAACAGGAAUUGUAAUCCCAGAAUGACAGAACUUUCUGAGUUGAAAGGGACACACAAGAUCAUCAAAGGAAUGUUUGAACAUUUACAGAGACUCCAGAACUGUGACUUUGGGUGGUCAGUCUCUCUGCUGGCAGCCUCCCAAAGGGCCUUCAGCCACUGCUCAGCCCUGGACAGCAGCAGCAUCACCUUGGCAGGGCCCAGCAGGGCUCUCCUGAGCUGCCCUUGUCCAGCUGCACACAGACCCUGCCCCAGCCAGGGCCCUGCACACAGGCAGGUUUCUGUAGGGCCGGGCCGAGGGCACACGGGCUGGGAUGGGCUCUGUGAGCGCUGGCAGGGACAAGGCACCUCUCAGGAGGGAAUGUCCAGGCCCAGGGAGAUGCUCAGGGAAGGAGAGGGGGCUGAACAGAGCAGUGCUGGGGGAACAAGCCCAUCCAGCCCCUCACCUUCCCUCAGCCACAGGGACUCCUUUGCCUCUCCAAUCUCUCAGUGCCAAACUCUGAGUGCAGCAGGAAUGCUGGGGAUUUCUGACCUCACAGAGGCAGCAAUAAUGUGUGGGUAGGAAAACAAUUCCUAAAACCAUCUCCUGCCAUCUAUUUCCCUUAGAAGAGUGACUCCAGGUGGUACCGAGCCUUUCUGCUGUAGGAGUGAUUCCCCUGACAAAUGCUGAAUAUCCAGCCUUGUCCCUCUGCCCCAUGGCCACAAACCCAGGGCAGCAGGGCAGGGAUGGCUCCGUGAGAGCCCCCACACACAGCCCUGGCUGCUCCUGGCACACUCAGCCAGCACAGCUGGAGCUCAGGCAGGGACCUGGGUGAAGGUUUGCCCAGAGCAGGAACAAGGGUGGGUGAGUCCCAGCGGGACAGGCUACAGGGAAUGGCCCAGGUUUGGCUCCAAGCAGCCUCUCCUGACUUGUCACUGUCCUUUCUCCAUGAACAGGUGCCCAUGUGCAGCCACAGCCAAUGUCCAACAGCAGCUCCAUCAGCCACUUCCUCCUGCUGGCACUGGCAGAGAGGCGGCAGCUGCAGCUCCUGCACUUCUGCCUCUUGCUGGGCAUCUCCCUGGCUGCCCUCCUGGGCAACGGCCUUAUCAUCAGCGCCGUAGCCUGCGGCCACCACCUGCACACGCCCAUGUUCUUCUUCCUGCUCAACCUGGCCCUCAGCGACCUGGGCUCCAUCUGCACCACUGUCCCCAAAGCCAUGCACAAUUCCCUCUGGGACACCAGCACCAUCUCCUACACAGCAUGUGCUGCUCAGGUCUUUUUUUUUGGUUUCUGUGCAGAAACAGAGUAUUUCCUGCUGACCAUCAUGUGCUAUGACCGCUACGUGUCCAUCUGCAAACCCCUGCACUACGGGACCCUCCUGGGCAGCAGAGCUUGUGCCCACAUGGCAGCAGCUGCCUGGGCCAGUGCCUUUCUCAAUGCUCUCAUGCAAACAGCCAAUACAUUUUCCCUGCCCCUGUGCCAUGGCAAUGCCCUGGGCCAGUUCUUCUGUGAAAUCCCCCAGAUCCUCAAGCUCUCCUGCUCCAAAUCCUACCUCAGGGAAUUUGGGCUUCUUGCUGUUAGUGCCUGUUUGUUAUUUGGUUGUUUUGUGUUCAUUGUUUUCUCCUAUGUGCAGAUCUUCAGGGCUGUGCUGAGGAUCCCCUCUGAGCAGGGACGGCACAAAGCCUUUUCCACCUGCCUCCCUCACCUGGCCGUGGUCUCCCUGUUUGUCAGCACUGCAGUGUUUGCCUACCUGAAGCCCCGCUCCAUCUCCUCCCCAUGCCUGGAUCUGGCCCUGUCAGUUCUGUACUCGGUGGUGCCUCCAGCCCUGAACCCCCUCAUCUACAGCCUGAGGAACCAGGAGCUCAAGGCUGCAGUGUGGAUACUGAUGACUGGAUGGUUUCAGAAACAUUAAAAUAUUGGCCAUUUUCUGCCAAUCACUUGUAAUAAAAGUCAUUUUUGAUACUUAUUGCUUGGGUUGUGGGCAUUUUUUCCUUUGUUUUACUUUUUUCAUCUUCACCCCAAGGAAAUGUCAUUGUUUGUGCCAUUUCUCAUUUUGUUUCUCUCCACCUUCCCUGUGGCCACAGACAGUGUCAAUGAGGGGCUGCGCUCUCGAUGGCUUUAAAGGAACUGAAGGAUCUCCCAGCAGAGUUUUCUGAAGUGAUGCCCUUUUGUUGCCUUCUCUGGAGCUGCAGCAGCAAUGUCUGUGUGCAGAGCUGGGGGCAGAUCAGUGCUGGCACAGCAGCUGUGCCCAGCAGCAGCAGCAGCACUUGGUGUUGCCAGUGCUGCUCCCGUGGCCCUGCCCCGCUGCCCUGGUGGCCCUGGUGUUGCUGCAGGGCCUGAGUGCUCUCGGGGCCGGGCACAGUCCUGGGGGUGGCAGUGCCAGGGCUGCAGCAGGGACA